AAGAUCCUCAGUCUUCAACAACCUCUCCUCCGGUCCUCCCUCUCUCUGCAGUACUCUUAAGUUUCUUCACAGAACGAUCUCUCAUCUUUCUCUGCAAAGCCAAUCACAAUGCAAGGCCAAAUGGUGAUCGAAGAGCCUGUACGGCUUGCUUCCGUUCUCACAUCUAGUAAACCUAACUUCUUACCUUCACUUACAAAGAUCGUUGGGACACUUGGUCCAAAGUCACGCUCUGUAAAAGUGAUUGAGGGAUGCCUAAAUGCGGGAAUGUCAGUUGCACGGUUUGAUUUCUCCGGGUUUGAUGGAACAUACCACCAGGAAACUCUUGACAAUUUGAGGACAGCGGUAGAAAAUGUUAAUAAGCUAUGUGCUGUUAUGUUAGAUACUGUGGGACCAGAACUUCGAAUUUGCAACAACAAUGGGAACCCCAUUGAGCUGAAGGUUGAUGGUCAUGUUACCAUUACACCAGAUGUUUGUAGAGAACCUUCAGCUGAGGUCUUACCUGUAAAUUAUGCUGGACUUGCUGAGACAGUUAAAAAGGGUGACACAAUAUUUCUUGGGCAAUAUCUUUUUACGGGAAGUGAGACAACCUCCGUAUGGCUUGAGGUGUUGGAGACGAAGGGUCCAGAUGUCAUUUGCUUGGUGAAGAAUACUGCAACUCUUGCAGGCUUUAUUUUCACCAUGCAUGUUGCCCAAGUGCAUAUCAAUCUGGCUACCCUAACUGACAUUGAUAAAAAGGUCAUAUCUACUUGGGGCUCUCAUAAUAAUGUUGACUUCAUUUCGCUUUCAUAUACUCGUCAUGCAGAUGAUGUUCGAGAGCUUAGAGCUUUCCUUAAGACACAGAAUCUUCAUGAAACUCAAAUAUUUGCCAAAGUUGAAAAUGUGGAGGGUUUAAAGCAUUUUGAUGAGAUCCUCCAAGAAGCAGAUGGUAUCAUACUUUCUCGUGGGAAUUUAGGAAUAGACCUGCCCCCUGAAAAGGUAUUCUUAUUUCAGAAGUCUGCUGUUCACAAGUGUAACAUCUCCGGGAAGCCUGCCAUAAUUACCAGAGUGGUGGAUAGUAUGGUUGAGAAUCUACGGCCUACUAGGGCAGAAGCAACUGAUGUCGCAAAUGCUGUCCUUGAUGGCACAGACGGUAUUUUAUUAGGUGCAGAAACACUUCGAGGUCUCUAUCCUAUUGAAACAAUACAAACUGUUGGGAGAAUUUGUUUUGAAGCUGAAUGUGUUUACAACCAGGGUCUUAAUUUCAAGAAAAUAGUCAAACAUGUUGGAGAGCCAAUGUCACAUGCAGAAUCUGUUGCUUCAUCUGCGGUACGUGCUGCAAAUAAAGUCAAGGCGGCGAUCAUUGUCGUGUUCACAGCAUCUGGGAGAGCAGCAAGGUUGGUUGCAAAAUAUCGGCCAUCUGUGCCCGUGGUGGCUAUUGUGAUUCCACGUCUUACUAAAAAUUCAUUGAACUGGACUUUCUCUGGCACAUCACAGGCUAGGCAAUGCCUUGGUGUGAGGGGAGUCUAUCCUAUAUUAGCUAGUCCCAAUGUGGCAACAUCAGGCCGGGCAACUGAAGAGUCUGGACUGAAACUUGCCUUGAAUCAUGGUAAAUCUGUUGGCUUGGUCAAGCCUAAUGACCAGAUAGUGGUCUUCCAGAAAAUUGGGGACUCAUCAGUUGUCAAGAUUGUUGAGCUUGGAGACUAGCUAUUGCAAAAUUUCAAGAAUUUAUUUUCAUCUUUAUUUUACUU